CAUGACUAUUACUACCAUCUCAAAACCCCUUGCAACCAAAAACUCAAUUUCUAUUUCAUUAACAAUCUCAAUAUAUUUACUCUUUCUUGUUACCAAUGUUAAGUGUGACUUUUCCUUCAAUUUCCCUAAUUUUCCACCAAACACUUUGGAAAAAGGUAUAGGUUUGGCAAACGAUGCGACAUUAAAAAAUGGAGUAAUAGAAUUAACAAAGAAAGAUGAUUAUGGUAAUCCAGUCAAACAUAGUGCUGGUCAAUUUGGAUGGAUCAAACCAAUUCGCAUUUACGAUAAAAUCACCGGAAAUGUUGCGAAUUUCGUAACCGAAUUCACCUUUUUGGUGAACACAAACGGUAGAAGGGACCACGGUGAUGGAUUUGCAUUUUUUAUGGUAUCACCAAAGUUCAAAAUCCCUAACAAAACGAAAUCUGAAGGCGGAUUCCUCGGAAUGUUUACGCCUAAUACCGCUUUAUUUACCAAACAAAUUCUUCUUGUUGAGUUUGAUAGCUUUGCAAAUGAAUGGGAUCCAAGUCCUGUAUCUCAAUUUUCUCAUAUAGGAAUCGAUGUUAAUUCGAUUAAGUCGGUGGCAUUUUCACCGUGGUAUAAUGAUUUUGAACUCGAUGGAAACGUGGCGAAGGCGCGCAUUGAGUAUGAUUCUAAUGAAAAUAAUUUGAAGGUGUUUGUAAGUUAUAAUAAUAAGGGACCAUUGAAUGGGGAUUCUAGCUUAGUCUAUAAUAUUGAUUUGAUGAGUAUACUUCCUGAAAUGGUUGAAAUUGGAUUCUCUGCUUCCACAGGGGAUUUGGUUGAGACACAUGACAUUCUCUCUUGGUCUUUCACUUCAAACAUGUGAGGGGAGUUUAUAUAUUGUUCAAAAAUAAACACCCUUAUGUAAUAAUAAACUGAAUGUAAUUGCUACUACUAGCAUUCAAGUCAAUAAUAAAUAAUAAUACUUGUGGUCA